AGCAGCCCAGUUUUCUAGUGCCAGUUAGUAAGCGUCGUAAGUUAAACCAUUAUUUCGAAACAGCACAAUAGCUCUAUAAAUGACGAAACAACCUCGUCCAUAUCAUGUUGUAUUCCCCAUAACUUACUUUUCCCAUAUCCAUCACACUCAACAUGACUAAUAAAGGCUCUGUUCUACUUGUUGGCCCCGGUUUCAUCGGCCUUCAGAUCUUGGGGGAGCUCUUGUCCGAGGGCUACCCUGUGUCUACAUUGGUACGAAGGGAGGAGGCUCGGGCGAGUCUUGAGGAGCUCGGGGCCAAGACCGUCCUUGGGUCGCUAGACGACCACGACGUCGUCAAGAAUGCCACAGUUGAUGCCGACAUUGUCAUCCACACCGCAUCAGCUGACCAUCUGCCGUCCGCUGUCUCAAUCUUGGAUGGUAUCCGAGAGCGCGCCGAAGCGGGCAAAGAUACCAUCUACAUCCACACCAGUGGCUGCAGCGCCAUCACCGACGGAUCGAAUGGCGACCACAAAAGCGAGAAGGUCUUUCAAGAUGAUAAGCCAGAGACCAUUGACAGCAUCGCUGAUGACGCCCCUCAUCGUUCCAUUGAUCUCGCUAUCCUCAAAGCCCGUAGCGAGUUCGGUAACAAAGCAAAGAUUUCCAUUGUGCUCCCACCUAUCAUCUACGGAGUAGGGAAAGGCAACCGCCUCUCGAUCCAGCUGACUACGAUGGCUCGGUUCGCUAUUAAGCAUGGCUACGCCGGCUACGUUGGGGGCGGCAAGGCAGUCUGGGGCCAUGUCCACGUCGCAGACCUGGCCAGAGGAUACUUGACCAUCUUGCACUAUAUGGAGUCUACCUCUGCAGAUAUGGUCCUCAAAAAUCCUUAUUUCUUCGUGGAGAAUGGUGAAGAGUCGUCAUGGGGCGAAUGCGCCGAGGAGAUCGGUAAGGCGCUCAAGGAUGCUGAAAAGAUCCAUGAUGCAUCUCCUCGACAGAUUCCGACGGACCUCUAUGACGACCUCUUUGGAAAGUGGUCUUUGCCGGUCGUUGGUCAAAAUGCCAGGAACCGUGCUAACAGAUUGCGUGCUCUUGGCUGGAAACCGCGAGAAAAGUCUGCCUUCGACUCAUUAGCGGAUGAAGAGCUGCCUAUUAUACUGGCUGAAAAGUCUGAAUUCAAGGGCUAUAGUGCUCCAGUGGCAUCUUGAUCAGUUUAGCGUCUCUAGUAGUUUAACACUUUUGUACGUCGAAGACGCGGUUUACAAUACCUUUUCUCAAGUCUCAUAUUGGGGAAGCUCUUAGUCGAAGCAGAACAAAUCAAUCUGAAAUGUGUUUUUCCCUA